UAUUUGUUCUUUUUUUUUUUUAAUGUGAAAACAUUUUAUGGGCACGAGAGCAAGGUCAGACACAGGGAAUCUUGUUCCUUACUGCUUAAGACAUGGCUUCACUUUCAGAAUAUGCACUGCGUAUGUCUCGUCUGAGUGCCUGGAUCUUUGGUGAAGUGGCCAGACCUACUGAUUCGAAGUCCAUAAAAGUGGUGAAUAUGUUCAGUGAACAGCCCUUGGCCAAAAAGGAGACUUAUGACUGGUAUCCAAAUCACAACACAUAUUUUGCGCUCACGGGCACACUUCGUUUCCUUGGCCUUUACAAAGAUGAGCAUCAGGAUUUUAAGGAUGAAAAAAGAUGUCUAAAGAAGCUCCGUGGAAAGGGGAAACCAAGGAAAGGAAAAGAGAAAAGAGCUAAAAAAGAACUAAGAAAGUGUAUCUCAUUAACUUUUCACACAUUAGCGGAAGGUGACCUUCCUCAGUAGACAUCAACCUCAUAUUUGCAUCCACUUCAGUUAAGCUGUGACUGGCUUCUUGAAGAUACUCUAAUUCUUCAAAAUUAUAUUUACAUUGGUUUUGUAAUCUGAAGUUCACCUACUUCUCUAAUGGAAUGAAUAAACUGUUGUUUAGCAAUUUGUUUAAAAAAACAUUAUGUACAACUGUAGGAGAAAUAAUGCACAAAUAGCUUGAACAUAAGAACAGGUUAUAAUUUAAAAGUCC